ACCCUUUCACAAAAGUUUCUCGUGAUUGCACGAGCAGAUGCUUGCUAGUUUUGAAAGGAUGUUAGCUGAUGACGCAGUCUCGGAUCGCAAUAAAGAGUGGAUCCGAGGAAAGUUAGAGAAAGUUAAUAAGAAGGUUAAUUUUAAGAAGCUUCUGAAACAUUUCAAAGGUGACAUAGAAUCUACUUGGUCCUUUCUUCUCAAAGGGUGGGGAGAAGAUGUUAAGAGUGCAGUAGAAGAAAAAUCAAGGGAAAAUCGGCAGCGUCUCAGGAGAUAUUCACACAAUGCAAAGGGAUUUCAUGCCGCCAACUUUGAUAACAAGAAAACACAACUCAAGUUCGUUGAGAAAGAAAUCGCGGACGCAUCAGCCAGCAUUGAUGCUGCAAUUGAGUCUUGUGGAACUUUUGGUUUGACAUUAAAUAGACUGAAGCAAGCGACUUGUGGAAUCUUGCGAAGAGUAUUUUUCAAUUUACCCGCUGAUGAUGAUCAGGAUCUCAUGAAAAAAUGGAUCGAAGAGGAGCGAAAGCAGACUAAGGGUAUAUCAUGUAUUUAUGGUAUUGUCACAAUCGAUCUGUUAUUAGCCGUAAAUGUUUUGUCCUUGAGAAAGGCAGAGAAGGCUUUACUGGAAGAACAGAAUCAAUGUACAAAUGGAGAUGCAAAUGGAAAAAUUGUUUUAAACGAGUGA